CUUGGACUGGUCCCACCACCGCCUCUUCGCAGCCGUCAACCCCUCUCAGCCAUGGGCAAAUGGACACUAGGUCACCAUGACGAGGUGCUACAAUCCAAAAUGAAGAAUCUGGUAAUCGGAGCGGUACAGCGAAUCAAGCUGGAAGCCGGAGAGCCGCCCAUCAGUUACGAAACGUUUGUGGAGGGGUUGGAUGAAGGCGACUCCUUCACGGCAACACUUGUUGAAGUCCUUGUUAAGGAAAUGGCCGACCGGCGUACGCGAACCAGCCAGCUCGACCGUCGGCUCAUCUCUGAGCGCACCGCCAAGUCGCUUCGAAUGCAAGCUGCUCCACUACACGUUUAUUCCAGCCGUCGACACAACAAUCGCAAUAGGUCUGGAUACACUGUUGCCGAUCUCGUGGCCGAGAUCACAGACGAAGAGGACGAACCUACGGAUACUCGUGACUCGCAGCACGUUGACACACUGUGGGACGGUGAGGGCGCCCGUCUUAACACCGAGUUGUACGAGGCGUACGUACCCACUUCGUAUGCGGCGCCUUCAUUCGCCCCGUCUCCUCAGCUGCUGGAUAGACUGAGACACUCGGAGACUACGGGAGAUUCUGACGUAGGCGAACCGAUUGUCCUACCCGUCAGUCCGCGGUCUGUCUCCCCACCUCUACGGUCUUUGUCUCAUCGCUCGGGUUCUCGAUCACACGGCACAGGCAUUGGUGCAAGCUUGUCUCGGAGCGACUCCACACGUCGCCCAGCACGCUCACGCACUGUCGACUUCAACGAAUUCACGGCGCGUCGGCGAUCAUCCAUACGACAGACCUCGCAAGAGCAGACUCAAGUCAGAGCUGAACCGGAAGAAUCCACAGAUGGAACUUGGCGGUUCAGGCUCACCAGAGGUGGCUCACUGCGGGACGGGCAGCCUCCUCUAGCAUCACCCUCUAGUGCCCACACUCCGGCCGUUGUGCCUGCCCACCUCCUCCUCCGAGGAGAAAUUCCUCGGACACUCGACACCUCUGAAGGACACUCGGACAGCAACGCGGAUCUGCCAAGCGCUGCCUCUUCAUCGUCCAGUGGCCCGAGUUCAUCGCAGACUUGGUAUGCACUCACGACUGGCCAGUCGACCGCAGUCGACGAUACCAACACUCUCACGACACGUCGGUCGAGCAUCUCGGACAUCAACGAGGCAAGACGUCAGGUCAUUGCUCCUCGUCUCAGGCGUGGGGGUAUCCGCCCGCCCGAAACGCUGCUCUCUCGAUACGCCUCUCCGGCGGCAUUCGAAGCCAUGCCGCCCUCGCCUCCUCCACCCGACCUCCACCCUCCGCCUGCCGAUUCGAUUCUCAAUGUGCUACGACAUUCUAGACCUGAGAUGAGCGACACCAGUCGCGAGAUGCUCGCAAGCUUCUUGGGCAGGCGGGAGCAGCCCGACGGAGGGAGCACCUCACAGCUUCCCACACCUAGGUCGGUGACACCGGUUCUUGACCCGGCCGAAGCGCACGAAAAUCCUUGGUAACUGGCCAAGGGAAGAUGCUGACAUCAAAGGAUGUCGGAUCCCAUGGACGAAUCAUAGUUUAGGUCUUGUAGUCUUCAUGUUCACAUGUGCAUUGUCGCUGUCGUCCUUUUGCUUGUGUAUGUAAAAGUGCAUGCGAGUUUCGCGUACUACUCCUAUAAUGCUUUCGUAUGUUCCAUGCAAAUAUAAUCGCGGCCCCGCUUGUGAUCUU